CGAGUAGACCCGGAUGUGAGUGGUGUUGUUGCCAACAGGCAGAGAGCGACUAGCAGCAGGAAACUGAUGUUUUUGUCCUUUUUUCGGGUAAAACACGGCGGAGGACAGACACACGGCCUCCGGGACACGUUACUGACCGUCCCCCUAUCCGUCCCCCGGUAGAGACACACACGGACAUCCGGGCGGAGAAGGAAGUACUCAGAUCCUCUUCUGCAGUAACACUACUACUACUACUACUACUACCAGUUUCCUGCGGCGGGAUGAGUGGAGCUGCUCUGGGCAUCGAGAUCGUGGUGGUGUUCUUCCUGGCCCUGUUCCUGCUGCACCGGUAUGGAGACUUCAGGAAGCAGCAGCGCAUGGUGCUGUUCGGCACGCUGCUGGCCUGGUACCUGUGCUUCCUCAUCGUCUUCAUCUUACCCCUGGACGUCAGCACGACCAUCUACAAGCAGUGUAAGAUAGACCAUGAGGAGCCCGCCUCUGUGCCCACCCCCGGCUCCUUACCGUCCAAUCACACGACGGCUAACACGUCUGUCACGCCCGCCAAAAGUGUCCUGAAGCCGUGCUACAAGCCGUGGAGCUACAUCCCUGACGGGAUCAUGCCGGUGUUCUGGAGGGUGGUGUACUGGACGUCCCAGUGUCUCACAUGGCUGCUGCUGCCCUUCAUGCAGUCCUACGCCCGCUCCGGAGGCUUCUCCAUCACAGGGAAGAUAAAAACGGCUCUGAUAGAAAAUGCUAUUUAUUACGGGACGUACCUGCUCAUCUUCGGCUCCCUGCUCAUUUACGUGGCUGUCCACCCCCAGUGGCACCUGUCCUGGUACGAGCUGCAGACCAUCGGGAUCACAGCAGCUAACACCUGGGGUCUGUUCCUGCUGGUGCUGCUGCUCGGCUACGGCUUGGUGGAGAUCCCUCGCUCCUACUGGAACGCCUCACGGCACGGACACCUGCUCAUCAAGACGUAUUUCAAGGCGUCCAAGCUGAUGACGGAGAAGGCGGAUGCAGAGGAGAACCUGGAGGACGUCAUGGAGGAGGUGAGAAAGGUCAGUGAAUCCAUCAAGUACAACCAUCCGCUGAGGAAGUACAUCGAUACCAUCCUGAGAAAGUGUCCCGUGGACUACCAGGAGAAGAUGGGCAGGAACAUGGACGACUACGAGGACUUUGACGACAAACAGAACACGUACCCCAGCGAGAAGAGCCUGGUGAAGCUCCACAAGCAGGUGAUCUACGCGGUUCAGAGGCACAACCGGACUCGAGUCCAGUGGCAGAUCCUGCUGCAGGAGGCCAUCCACCUGGAGGACGUGGCCAAGAACGAGACCAGCUCCACGCACCAGUUCGUCCACAGCUUCCCGUCCUGUGAGCCGGCCGGCUGGGUCAGCAGAUACCUGUACACGCCCACCGCAGAGUGGUACUGGGAGUGUUUCCUGAAGUGCUGGUUCUACCGGCUGCUGUCCGUGGUCCUGACCCUGUUCAGCGUGGCCGUGGUCUGGUCUGAGUGCACCUUCUUCAGCACCCGGCCCGUCCUGUCCCUGUUCGCUGUGUUCAUCCAGCUGGCCGAGAGAGACUACAACUACCUGUACAUCGAGAUGGCGUGCUUCGUCACCAUCUUCUUCCUGUGUACCUGCGUCUACUCCACCGUGUUCCGCAUUCGGGUUUUCAACUACUACUACCUGGCCUCGCACCACCAGACUGACGCCUACAGCCUCCAGUUCAGCGGCAUGUUGUUCUGUCGUCUGACGCCCCCCCUGUGUCUGAACUUCCUGGGUCUGAUCCACAUGGACUCGGCCAUCUCCCACCAGCUGAAGGAGCAGACGGCCUACACCUCCAUCAUGGGGUCGAUGCGUGUUCUCUCUUUUAUCGCUAACGGCUUCUACAUCUACUACCCCAUGCUGAUAGUCAUCCUCUGUAUCGCCACCUACUUCAGUCUGGGGACUCGUUGCCUGAACCUUCUGGGCUUCCAGCAGUUUGUGGGCGACAGCGAGAUGACGUCGGACCUGAUCGACGAGGGCAAGGAGCUGAUCCGCCGAGAGAAAAGGAAGCGGCAAAGGGUGGAAGAUGGAGAGAACAGACGCAGAGAGUGGAAGGAGCGCUAUGGUAACCAGAGAGAAGACUACACGGCGAGGAACAGGAGCAGUCAUGAGAUGAAGGAGACCAGUUACUCAGACACGGUGGCGGCCAGCAACAGACAGGCCAAGUAUUCCCGCCCUGGGACUCGCUCGGAGAGAGACCGCAUGGAGCUGCUGCAGGACGCCGAACCGCUGGACUUCAACGCCGAGACGCUGACAGACGAGCCGCUGGAGGCCGACGCCAGACAUGCUGGGGGACGAUAUCUGUCCAUGUCCUCGUCUCGGAGCCGAAUAUUCGACGACGUCUGAUGCCAAGAAUACAAAAAAAUAUACCCAAUCUCCCAGGAUGCAUGGUAAUAAAACCAGGAAGUCUUCAGGUGUCACGUCCAUCUCGGCUGCAGGCGAAUCACGGCACUCUGAAGGAAUAUUAAUGCACUACACGUUCCAUAACCUGUCCGAUAUGAUGCAGACACACUGAAUGCAUGUCAUGACGCCAUGAGUCUGCAGCCGCUGCAUGGGUCUGCAGCCGCUGCACGGGUCUGCAGCUGCUGCAUGUCACGAGUCUGCAGCCGCUGCAUGUCACGAGUCUGCAGCCGCUGCAUGAGUCUGCAGCGUCUGCAGCCGCUGCAUGUCAUGAGCCGCUGCAUGAGUCUGCAGCCGCUGCAUGUCAUGAGUCUGCAGCCGCUGCAUGAGUCUGCAGCCGCUGCAUGAGUCUGCAUGCUGCAUGAGUCUGCAGCCGCUGCAUGAGUCUGCAGCCGCUGCAUGUCAUGACGCCAUGAGUCUGCAUGUCGACGCGUCACUUUAACAAAGGUCCAUGAAGUAGAUUAUUUAUGUUACGUAGAUUAAUUUAUGUGUAUGUUGAAGCUGCUUGGUCUGAACGCUCCAGCAUGGAAGCUGAUCAAAUCUUUAUUUGGAAAAUCAACUGGAUUUAAUCACUACUGAUUAUUAAUGUUAAAGCUCUCAUUUACAGUUUGAGUAUUUUACUUUGAAAGCUGCAGCUGUCAGCCGUUAGUCUCCAUUCACUCAGUUAUCUCAUUAGAACAGCUGGAUCAAAACAUGACUAUUCCCCCCCCGCCCGUAUCACAUGACUCUGUCUUUAGUCCUACCAUGGACUUGGUAACUUGGUUACCAUGGUUACCUUGUUUUAAGCCAUCCUAGCGUGCUAUAGAAAGCUGCAGGAAGACGCUCAGUUCUCAUUAAUAUUCAACCAGCUAAGCUGCUGGACUCUGAUUAGCACACACACACACACACACACACACACAUUAAAACACUCAGGCGCACACACACACACUACAACAGACACAAAGAGACACAUACACACACACACACACACACACACACACACACACA